AUGGUCGAGAAAAUGUCUACGGCCGAACGAAUAACGAAAGUCCGCUUUUGGAGAUUAUACUAUUCGGCAGUGAUCCAGCAAACAAACUCCGUUGAUGACGUGAUACAUUCGCUGGAAGAAAUUUAUUACAAACCGAAAGGAAAGGUUAUAUUUAAUUAUUAUACAUUAUCCGUUACAAUCUCAUUUUGGACAUAUUUAUUCUCAAUAUUGUUGUAUUUUAUACUCGAUUAUAUGCUUUCAACAUUUUUAAAAAUAUUAUUUUAUCCAACUGUUUUAAAUUCAGUUUAAAUGUUUUUUUUUGUUUUACUGUUAUCAAUAAUGCGCGUCCAAUGUGAAAAUUGUUUAGAAACACAAUAUACAAUUUUUUUAACGUUUUUCAGGAAAUAAUGUCUCAAAUGUUGGAUCAUUUAUUCGGACAAUAUCAGUAUUUUUCCACGUACAAGCGACACGAACUGAUAUUAGCAGGUCGUCUUUAUGGUGGCAUAAUAGAGCGCGGUAUCAUCGAGUGAGUAAUCUCCCAAGCGUUAUUUACCGAGUAUAAUAUUAUCAAGUAUAUUUUAUUUGUAGAAAUGAUGAAAAUUUGCGUACAGCAUUGUAUUUUGUAUUGGAAUCGCUUAAACAAAAUAACGAAUCCGAUAUAUUCGCAUUCGGCCUAACUGCGGUUGACCAGUUCUGUAAAUGCGUGAAGACCGAUCGCGUGCGUCAAUAUCUAAAUUAUAUGUUAGAAAUUCCAAAUGUGCAAAAACACGUAUACGAGGUAUGAUUAAAAACAAUUAAAUUAAGUUGUUAAUAGUGUAUAUUGAAUGUAAAAACUUUAAAAAGUGCGUAGAAUCGUUGAGAAUAUUAAUGUGAAACGCAUUUAAAACAAAAAGAAAGAUUAGUGAAUAAUCUUUUUUUGAUUAGGUAUUUCAUUAAUUUAAAAUGUCUUUCGACACCUAUACAUUAUUCUUGAUAUUGAUAAAUAUCUUAGAAUAGAAUUACGAAUGACAAGUACAAUAUUAUUGCUCAAACGACGUUAUUCAUAUUUUUUAUAUUUGUUUUAUGUAUUUUAUGUUAGCAUUUGAUUGAGAAAACCACGAAAGAAGUUUUAUCAUGGUCUGAAGAAUUUUCAAAAAAUAUGAAAAUAACUCAAAAUACUGGAGACGGCCAUCAAUCAAAACGAAUUAAAAAUAUCGUUAGUGAUAACGAUAACGUCGGCACAAAGGCGACGAAAAAAAAUAAUAAAGAAAGCGUACACACGAAAAUGAUUAAAAUCUUAAAAGACUUGAAUCAAUUCAACGUUCAAACCAAGGUUAACAUUAAUAUUUACUAGUGCAAAUUUAAACGUGUACAAAAAAAAAUAUCACUAAAAUACUUUAUACAUAUAGGAGGUAUCUGUUAUAAUUAUCGUGUUAAUAAUUUAUUUGUAUUUUAUUAAGUGCGACGAAAUCCAAGAGAUAUUGACCGACGAAUAUCUACCUUGGUUAUCGAGGUACUUACUAACCAAACGAAUCGCUGUCGAGUCGAAUUUUCACGAGAUGUAUUUGAACUUUCUGGAGGGGUUAAACAACAUACCCCUGAACACAUUAAUAAGAAGGGAAACCGUCAAAAACAUCAGAGUAAGCAUAAAGAUGUGUCUGUUAUAAACGCAAGAUACGCAAACCGAUUACUUAAUAUAUAAUUAUCUAUAUAUAUUAUAUCUAAUAUAAUAUCUUGAAUUUUAUCUCUUUAGGUUUUAUUCAAACAAAACAAAUCGAAUUCGCCUUGCGUCAAAGAACUGUACAGGACGCGGUUAAACAAUUUAGGUCAUUGGUUCGGUAUGAUUACAAUCGCAGAAAACAGGAGCACUGUGAUCGACGAAUUUGGCGAACUCGACUCGUUUUUGACCAAAUCCUAUAACUGCGAAGACCGUGGGGAAUUCGCAAUACCAUUCGUAGUGAAAGUUCUGGAAUCAUGCGCGGGUAGCAAAGUAUGUUGAAUAUUUCAACCUCCCCUCCCCCUCCCAUUAAUCAAUUGAAUUUUUUCCCGAUUAUAGUAUAAUUUUUAUAUUUUAUUAAUAAGGUGUAUAAUACCCAACAUCCGUGGACGAUAAAAGCCCUGACGAGCUUGACGAAAUUGUACCAUGAACUGGGCGUGUACUGCAUGAUACGAUUUCAAAUCGAACACUUAUUUAAAAUAUUAAACGUAAAACUCGAGGUGAAUUAAUUUAAAAUAUUUGAAAACCGCAUUAAUCUUAUUUACAACUUGUGUUUUAGGAUUUUGAAAGUCAGGAUCAUUAA